CAGGUCAAGCAUGUUCCAACGGCAAAACCCCUCCAAAAAUAACCAUCGCAAACUUCUGGGACACAUUCUUGGUGCUGCCGGAGACAGCAACGAAGGGCAGACAGGUGGCACGCAUAUAGUAACCAUGCAACGACUCCUAGGCAUUUCCAUCAACAUGCUACGAGGCAGCGCAACCGAUGCCCCAGCAGCAGGCGUAGAAGGAUUGCCCAUUGAAGACGACGACAUGGGCCAGUCAACGAACCAAGACGACACCUCGGUUGUUGCCGCUGAAACAGUGGUGGAUGGAGGACCGACGCGCGAACGCCGGCCGUCCAUUCGACCCACGGCACUCCCGCCUCCGCUUGAAAAGACGACUGCCGACGCGGCCAACCCUCAGGCAAACUUGAAAGCGCGCAUCAUGCAAAUCCAAACCAACAAGUCGCUGACACCCAAGGAAAAGGCCGACGGGAUGCAAAAGGUCAUGAUGCAGCAGUGGACCGAAGCUCAAGAGCGGUUGACCCCGAAACAAGCCGAGUCCAAACCGGAAACCCCCGUCGCAGACUCGGAUCGUACCGUCGUCACGUACCACAACGCGGACGCCGGCAUCAAAGGAUGCUCCCAUUACCAGCGAAAAUGCAAAUUGUUUGGCAAAUGCUGCAACAAAUUCUACACGUGCCGGUUUUGCCAUGAUGAACAAGAAAAGCACGCGUUUGACCGGUACGCGACGGAAAAGAUCAGCUGCAUGGAGUGCCAUACAAUUCAACCCGUGGGUCCAAAGUGCAUCAACGACGGCUGCGGCGUCGACUUUGCCCGGUACUAUUGCAGCGAGUGCAAGUUUUACGACGACGACGAGACCAAGGACAUUUACCAUUGUGAGAAAUGCCGCAUCUGUCGCAUUGGCAAGGGUCUGGGCGUCGACUAUUUUCAUUGCGACAAGUGCAAUGCGUGCAUGAGCAUCACCCUCAAGAAGCACAAGUGCGUGGAGCGAUCCCUUGAAUCUGACUGCCCCAUCUGCCACGUGUACAUGUUCACGUCCACGACCCCCGUGAUGUUCCUUCCAUGUGGGCACUGCAUGCACGUUGCGUGCUACGAAGACUACACGCAGACCAACUACAUAUGCCCGCUAUGUUCCAAGUCCCUGGGGGAUAUGAGAGCGUACUUUGCGAGGAUCGAUGACCUUCUCUCGCACGAGCAAAUGCCGGCGGAAUACCAGAAUUACCGAUCGCAGAUCUAUUGCAGUGACUGCGAACGCAAGUCCGAGACAAAGUUCCACUUCGUGUACCACAAGUGCCAGCAUGACGAAUGCAAGUCGUACAACACCAAAGUCGUCAAGCAUUUCAAACAGGAAGGAGGGUCAUUACAUCCCCCGCCAGCUCCGGCAGGAGGUAUCACCACCGCGGUGGCGGGACGAAGUGGAAUCGGCCGGGUACAAGCACGUACGACGGACGCGCGUCGGAGCUCAUCGUCGUCCAUCAGCCGAAGAAGCUCCAAUCCGUCUCGAUCGGACCCAAGCAACCGCGGCACAUAGGUCGUAUGUAGACCGCCAGCCUUCCUCCAUUCUUAACCCGCCAC